AUGAGAUAUAUCCUGCGAGAUGGCCAAAUCUUCAAUGGCACCUUUAAGGCUUUUGACAAGCAUAUUAAUUUGGUCUUCUGUGAUUAUGAUGAGUUCAGGAAGUUCAAGCCAAAGUAUGCAAAGCAGCCAGAGCAUGAAGAAAAGCGGGUUUUGGGGCUGGUGUUGCUGCAUGGGGAAAACUUGGUAUCUAUAACUGAGGAGGGGCCACCACCACCCCCAGAAGAUACUGGCAUUGCUCGGGUACCAUUGCUGCAGCUGAAGGGAGGCCCUGGAGUUGGUAGGGCAGCUGGCAGAGGAGUUCCAGCUGGUAUACCAAUUCCCCAGGCACCUGCUAGAUUAGUAGGCCCGGUAAUGACUCCACAAAGAAGAGGCACUGAAGCAGCUGCUGCUAUUGCUGCCACUGCCAGCAUUGCUGGAGUGCCAAUGCAGUACCUGCCAGGAUGGGGGACUCCACCUCCACCUGUCGGCAGAGCAACCCCACCUCUGAGUAUAAUGGCACCUCCACCUGAUAUGAGACCACCCAUGGGCCCAUUGAUUGGGCUUCCCCUGCUUGAGGGAUGCCAAUAG